GUUUGGUCGCGCACACCCACCAACAAAAUGAGUCGUCAACACCUCUCUUCCUCCUUCGUCUCCACCUCAAUUUGAAAACCCUAAUUUCCUAAUUAAACCCCAAUUCGAUUUUAGUUUAAUUUAAUUUGUGUCUAAUUCUGGAUUGGAAACCCUAAUUCUGUUACCGAUUUUGAUUCAUGGGCCGUCAGUCUUCGCAAUCGCUCGCUCCCGGGUUCCGAUUCCACCCCACCGGUGAAGAACUUGUCUGGUACUAUCUGAAGCGCAAGGUCGCCGGAAAAUCUUUCCGCUUCGACGCCAUCUCCGUCGUCGAUAUCUACAAGAUCGAGCCUUGGGACCUCCCUGGGAAGUCGAAGCUGAAAAGCAGGGACACGGAGUGGUACUUCUUCAGUCUUCUGGACAAGAAGUAUGGAAAUUCGUCGAGGACGAAUCGGGCUACCGAAAAAGGGUACUGGAAGACUACUGGGAAGGAUCGACCCGUUUGCCAUAAUUCCAGGGCGGUGGGGAUGAAGAAGACCCUUGUUUUCCACAGUGGCCGGGCCCCCAAAGGUGCCAGGACCAAUUGGGUUAUGCAUGAGUACCGCCUCGAUAACCAGGAAUUGGAGAAAGCUGGAAUAAUAGAGAAAGAUGCGUAUGUGCUCUGUAGGAUAUUCCAGAAGAGUGGUACUGGGCCCAAGAAUGGGGAGCAGUAUGGUGCUCCAUUUAUUGAGGAGGAAUGGGAUGAAGAAGAUGAGGUUUAUGGACCUGGUGAAGAGGCUAUUGCUAAUGAAGUAGCAGUCAGCGGUGGGCCGUAUACUGAAGCAAAUGAGCUCAGCGAUGGGGGAUAUGUUGAGGCAAUUGACCUUGAUCAGAUUGACACAGGUGUUCCUGAAAGUGGUCCUCGUCCAUUGAACUUCUAUCAUGGGGAGACAAGCAAUUAUAUUGAGCAAUCUGGGGACUUAGUUGAAGAUGCUGCAAAGACUGCAGUAGGCGCUGGGGAAACUCUGGAAUAUUGCGAAGAGCAGAAGUACUUUGACUUACCAGAGCAGUAUGAGAUGGAAGCAAAGCCUGUCAAAGUUGAAUACUUAACUUCGGACUACCAUGACAACCAGAAUUUCUUCAACUUACCAGAGUAUUAUGAGACAGAAACAAAAGAGGUCAAAGAUGAAUAUGUUGAACCAAGCCAUAAUAUGAAUCCUGUGGAUGUUAGCUACUCACUCAAUGAUCCAUAUUUAAAUGCUACUGAAAACCCGCCAUUCGGUGACGGGCAAUUCUUAGAAACUAAUGAUCUUUCAAUUCCAGCCAAUCCAGUUGAGCCAAAUUCUGCAGGCUUUGAUAUGCUUGAUGAGUACCUUACAUACUUUGAUGCGGAUGAUGACAUCUCUCAGUACAUUGAUUUUGAUUCUUGUGGAAUGCUGGGGAAUGAAAAUACUGUUCCUAGUGAACCUCUGGUUGAGCAGUCUGUUAUGGGUGAAACGCAGCCACUAUCCACAGGAAGCCAACAUCUUGUAGAGGCACAUGAUGUCAAUGAUGCAUCUUCAUCAAAACAAAAGCCGGACAUGAAAUUUGUAUCAGAUGGCAAGUUUCCAUUCAUCACAAAGGCGAGUCACAUGUUGGGCAGUAUACCUGCUCCUCCUGCAUUUGCUUCAGAGUUCCCUCCUAAAGAUGCAAUCCGUCGGUUGAAUUCGGAAGUAGCAUCCUCAAGUUCAGUUCAUGCUGGCAUGAUCAGAAUAAGAGACAUAACUUCAAGCGACAACAGGGUGGAGUGGUCUAUUGGUAAGGAUGGGGUUGUCAACCUUGUGUUUUCUGUUCAGCUGCCGCAAAGUGAUGUCACUUCUUCCAACCUGGUACCAAUGGGUGGCUCAGUCUCUGGCAAGACAGGAUCUGUGGUCAUGCGGGGCUGGUUUCUGUUCAUGUUCUUCUGGGUCCUAUUUAUUUCCAUCAGUUUCAAAAUCGGGAGCUAUAUAUAUGCCAAGUGAUGAUGCUUCCUUGGGAGCACCAGGCCUGGACUAUUUACUUGGUAGCAAACUUGCUCUAGUGCAGAAUGAUUCAAUUUAGUAAAUCGAUAUACUAACUUCUGAACUCCUAUUUUCCUUUCCUCUCUUAUACUAUAGUUCCAGGACUGUACUGUUUUAAUUUGUUUUACUCAACGUAAAACUGAAUUUUUGUUCUAGAUAUUUAUUUCAUUGUAAUUAGAGUUUACAAACAUAUAUGGUGUGUUCUAUAACUUCUGCCUUAUUUGGUGGUGCGAAUUACGAACUUAUUGCAGAUGAUUUGUCUGCAUUUUCUCC